UUGUCAUGUUCAUAUCAAUCAUAUAAUAACAUGAAUGUUUCAAGAUCUACAGGUUACAAAGAUUUCGUGUGGGCUGUUGAAUUAAAUCAUUUAAGUCUGAGAUUGAUCGGCUUGUGGCCUACAAUCAAUAAUGCUACUAAAAGAAGGAUCGAACUUGACAUUAUCGUGGGUUCCAUUCUUAUUUUGAUGAUAUUUAUUUCUGGUGUUCCAUCUGUGUGUGCGCUUGUGCGAGUUUGGGGCGAUUUGGAGCUAAUGAUAGACAACUUACGACUUACAUUACCAUUAAUAAUAGUUUCACUAAAACUUGUCAUCAUACGAUGGAAACAAAUAGUUCUUUCAUCCGUUUUAAAUAUGAUGGCGGAAGAUUGGAUGGCAUCAAAGCUAAGUGUAGAGAGGGAUGUAAUGAUGAAAUAUGCGAAAACUUCUCGAUUAUUUGUAAUUUAUACAUAUGUUGUGACAUUAUCUGCGUCCAGUUUGCUCAUUGUUCCUUCAUGUAUUGGCCAACCAACCAGAUAUGUGACAAAUCUCACAGAUCGAAACAAACCUUUACCGAUGCAGACGUAUUAUUUUUACGACACAGAUAAGAGUCCGCAAUUCGAGUUGACAUUUCUCACUCAAGCCUUGACCUUAAUUUUGGCUUUAUAUGUCUACCUCUCAGUAGACGCUUUUCUUGUACUAGUUGUUCUUCACGUUUGUGGUCAGUUAGAGAAUUUAAAACACCGAUUAGUCAAUUUGGUCUCAUGCAACGAUUUUGACAGAGCACUGAGUAGUAACAUUGUGACUCACAUACGAAUCAUUAGGUUUGCCAAUAACAUCGAGGAUAUUUUUACUUUUAUUAUGCUUGGAUUGGUAUUAUAUUUUGCAAUUAUAUUUUGUCUAUAUGGAUUUCAAUCGCUCAUUGUAAUUACAGAGGGAAAAAUAAAUGACGCGGGUAUUGUACGAGUAGGCUACAUAGUAUUUGUUGUUAUAAUUCUAUUUAUACAAAUGUUUCUUUAUUGCUGUGUCGGAGAACUGAUAACAGAAAAAUGUGAAGCAAUAUACCGUGCUUUAUGUGAUCUUGAAUGGUACAAUUUAGAGUCGGGUCGAGCAAAACAUAUUAUUAUAUUAUUGCUACGAACUCAGAAACCUCCUCGUAUCACUGCAGGAAGAAUUAUUCCAUUAACAAUAACUACUUUUUGCAGCUUUGUAAAAACAUCAGUAGGAUAUAUAUCGUUUUUGCUGGCACAAGCUUGA